AACAUUGUUAUUGCGCAGGGGUAUAAUAUGCAGACAUUUAACACCGGUAUUUGAAUGUUUUGCAAUGAAACUGUGAUUAGGUUCGCGCAUCAUCAAGUUUACCUCAACACAGCGACAGGAUAUAUUUACAAAUCAUAUCAAUAUUUAUCAAAUUAAACUGUAAGUUACAAAAUUAUUAAAAUGACGGGCGAUUAUAGCAUCUACACGGGAGAUAAAAGAACACUUCGUAUACUGGACUAUAUUUUGUUUUCACUACUGUUCAUAGCAUCAGCGGGAAUAGGGUUUUACCAUGCCUAUAGAGACAGAAAAAAUACAAAUGUUGACAAUUUCCAUCUAGGUGGAAGGAAAAUGCAUCCUCUGCCAGUAAGUCUGUCUCUAGCUGCGACAUUUAUGUCCGCUCUGACAAUACUAGGGACUCCGGCGGAGGUAUACACAUUUGGGACGAUGUUUUACUGGAUAGUUCUUGGAAUGUUCAUUGCCACUGCAGGAACGGCGCAUGUUUUUCUCCCGGUCUUCUAUCACAUGAACAAAAUAAGCUGUUUCGGAUAUCUUCAGUUACGAUUCGGAAAUAUGACGAGACUACUAGCAAGUUUUCUGUUCUUGUUACAAACAUUGCUCUACAUGGGAUUUGUACUGUAUGCACCCUCCUUAGCCUUUCAGGCUGUAACAGGACUCUCCUUGUGGGGUUCUAUGAUUGGUGUGGCGUCCGUCUGUACGCUUUACACCAUGUUAGGUGGAAUGAAGACUGUUCUAUGGACCAACUGUUUGCAGCUUGUAAUUAUGAUAAUUGGUCUUCUGGCACUUCUAAUUGAAGGCUCAAAUGCAACAGGGGGCAUUGCUAAAGUUUGGGAGAUUGCAAAGGAGCAGGGGCGUAUUGAAUUUAACAAUAUCUCUGUGGACCCACGAACUAGGCAUACUGUAUGGUCUGUAGGAAUUGGAGGGGCAAUGUUUUGGACAUACCUUUAUGGGAUCAACCAAGCUCAGGUCCAGCGUGAGUGUUCUCUCCCUACCUUGCGAAGAUCACAGCUUGCUGUUUGGUUAAACUUUCUUGGACUUCUACUGAUUAAUACGCUUGUAUGCCUAAUUGGAGUCGUAAUGUAUGCAUUUUACAGCGAGUGUGACCCAGUCAAAUUCGGACUGGUAGACAAAACUGACCAACUUGUUCCACUGAUGGUACUAGACGUGCUUGGAACCAUUCCGGGAUUCCCUGGAAUAUUUAUGGCGUGUGUGUUUAGCGGAACUCUGAGCUCUUUAUCUUCUGGACUGAAUGCAAUGUCAGCAGUUAUUAUAGAAGACUAUAUCAAGUGUUUCUGUUUUAAAUCUCUAACAGGUCAUACCAAUCCAAAGACAAUAAAUAAAAGACUCAUGAGUCCAUUAUUCUACAUGUUGUGCCCGUGCCUACCAGAUAAAAUGAGAAUUCCUAUGCGCUUUGGUGUAGACUAUGAAAAGACGGACGUUUGUAAUAAGCAGGAUAGGACAAUGAGAUCUACUGGAAAUGGAAAUAUGGCUUAUAUAGAAGACAGUCCGUUAUAGAUAUUAAAUCUGUAGAAUCAAAUAAAGAUCAAUAGGACAAGCUGA